GAGAGGGAGAGGGAGAGAAAUUAAAAAGCAUGCGGACUGGAGCUACUUGAGUGGGUCUGAUAGGCUCCCCAGCCGCGAGUAACUGGGUUACGUAGGCAAUCGGCUCCACACAACUUGGGCACCUGCAGAAAGAGCUGCUCCAGAGACAAGUAAGGGGAAAGCAAGUUCUCAAAAGCCACAAAAGCGGAUCUCUGCCUUCCUACUGUACCAGCCUCGUAUUGCCUGGACAAUUCUCCGUCGCAGUGGCAUCCAGGAUGGACUGCUGUAAUGAAGGGGCUUGCACCAAGCUGGACGAAGACAUCUUGGACAUUCCCCUGGAUGACCCAGGUGCCAACGCGGCUGCGGCCAAGAUCCAGGCCAGUUUCCGUGGUCAUAUGACUCGGAAGAAGAUUAAAGGGGGUGAAAGGGAGCGCAAGAGGAAGGACCCGGAGUGUACGAGCAGCACCCGUGCAGGGGACCUACGCAACGGAGAUUAAGCAGAUGGUGUCUACGAAGAAACGGAUGAAACAGCAGCAUCCAGCCAGGUUUCUGAUUGGUCCUCUGAACAGCACCUUCCAGCUUCCAGAAGAGCAAUCACCAGCCUAGCCCGUCUGAUCACAGAAGAGACACGGCGCUCUGCAGCUUUCUCCCCGGACUGCCUUUGAUUCCAGAACCGUCAUUACCGUCCCGUCCAUUCGAAACAUGAUGCCGAUGCUCCCCUCUAU